AUGUCAAACUCUUCCCACGAGGUAGUAAUUGGUUACAAAUGCUUCCUUUGUCGUAACCAAGGAAAGAAGUGUCUUCAUGACGAAGGAGCUCUAGGAAUAUAUAAAUGUAAAAAAUGCGAGAGGAAAAGAAUAGAUUGUUUGGUUCAAUGCAAUGAGUGUUAUAAAAAAAAUGUUCCGUUUUCUGAAGAAUGUAGGAACUGUAAAGUGGUUAUUGAAGUCCAACCUACUAGAGGUAAUUUUAUUGAAGAGGAUGGCCAGAUAUACCUUCAGACAAGUGAUGGAAAGAUCAAAGUAAAAGUAGGACAAGAAGAACUCGAAGCUCUUCUAAAAUUAUUGCAGAAUAAAAAUAAUCUUCCGAAUAUUUGCGAAGAUCCCGUUUCCAAUUCUUUUGUGUUAAAUGCCAUCAAUCCCGUUCCCAUCAACCUUGUUUUAGAACAAGAUUAUCUUAACUCUGUAAACUCCGAUGGAAGUUCCGUUGCUCCUUCUGACCCAUUUCAAUAUCUAUCCUCUUUCCAGUUCUAUGAAUCUCCUGGAGUCCAUGACCACUUUUUAUAUAAUAAUUCCAUCCUUUAUCCGCCUUUUCCCCAUUCUUUCUAUGAACCUCCUUAUAAGAACCCUAUUACCAGUUCCAUUUUCUUUGGCUAUCCGUAA